CUAUGUUGUGAUUGUCACUGAUUGUCACUCCAUCUAUCUGACUUUGCACGAUGUACGCAUGUAAUUUAUAAUAUAUUAUUUUUAAACACUUAUAUGAUCAAUAUAGUAAGUAUAUGCAACAGUAAGUUUUGUAAAUUAUGUAAAUAUAUUUUUUCUUAUUUUUCCACGUCUUGCUAUAAGAAGCAGGUAAAUAUAUAAUAGAAGUAAUUUCUAACCUAAAAAACAUGUUAUUGUGAAUUUUGUUACAGAAGUUGAUAAAUUUGUACACCGCUAUAUCAUAUUUUUUAAUUCAAUAUGAAUGACGAAGAAGAGUCCCUACUUACGGAAGAUAAAGAUCGUGAACAAAUACGAGAGGAAUUGAAACAUAUGAGUUUCGCGGAUUUACAAAAGUUAAAGGAAAAAUUAGGCACAAAAGUAUACAAUGAGACUAUAUUUGGAAAGAAAAGUAAGAGAAAAGUAGAAAAAAUGGAUUUUAAACGGGAGAAUAAAAACAGGCCACGAGAAAUGUCUGCUAAAAAACCAGUUCCCAUACAUAAUGAGUUGAUUCAAGUAAAAAAAGUUAUAGCGCGAGAUCCUAGAUUUGAUAGUUUAUGUGGUACCUUUGAUGAGAAAGCGUUCAGACAUUCUUAUGCAUUUAUUAAUGAGUUGCGGGAAAAUGAUCUCAAAACUUUGCAAAAAGAAUUGAAAGAAACUACAGAUCCAAAAACUGUAAAGAAAAUAAAAUAUCUCAUCCAGAGGCUUGAAAAUCAGUUGAGGGAGGAGAAAAGAAGGAGGGAGAAAGAAGAGAAAAAAUGGCAAGAAAAGAAGGAACUGCUAGAAUCUGUUAAGCGAGGAGAGAAGCCUGUCUUCAAAAAGAAAUCUGAAAAGAAAGUCUUGGAUUUAGUAUCGCAAUACGAAGAAUUGAAAAAUACAGGUAAACUGAAGAAGCACAUUCAGAGAUUGCGGAAAAAGAAUAAACACAAGGAUAGAACAAAAUUAGGAAUGAGCAAAACAAAGUGAAAUAUGUAUAUAUGUUUAUUUACACAAAAAAAGUAAACACGUUUAUAAUUACGUAUAAAUGUUAUUGUAUGUAAAUUGAUUAAUGAAUUAUUGACGAAGUAUAAAAAACCAGCUAGCUUUAUUAAUAAAUUUUUAUAAUCACACA